AUGCACAGUAGUCAUUCCGAAACGUCAGAACUUGUCGACUAUCCACGAAAGCGGGCUCUGGUGGCGUGUGAGGUGUGCCGAUUGCGCAAGACAAAGUGUGAUGCCGUACGCCCACAGUGUUCCUUUUGCGCAGGGCUGGACCUCGAGUGUGUCUACCGCACAACAAGGCGUCAGGCGUCAAAGCGUGCGAAGCCCAACAAUCGAAGAAUCCCAAGCCUGAAUCAAGACCUGCACGCGCUCUCCAAGCAAACACAUACAUUGAUCGGGGAGUCAGGAGUCUCAAACGAUCCGCAGCUGGAAUUAGAAUGGCAGGGCCGGCGCAACAACACAGUUGAGGAUGGCCUCGGACGGGCAGGUCAGUCCUCGCCGUCAGACCGUGUCCUUUCCAUGCGAGAGCCACAACAGUUACCCGGCCCCGAAGCUCAGAUUGUUCAUGCUUCGCCCGUAACAGUUGGAGCGACAUCCAGCGUCUAUUCGUUUUCCGAGGCAGAUGAGGCACCAUGUUUGAUCGGUCUCAGUCUCCGGGGGCUUUCGCGCCUAACCGGCUAUCCCACCCCGUGGCAGCUGCAACCGUUGAUCUGGGACGACUCGGAAAAGUACUAUGAGAUCGAAGAGCGGCAAUACAAUCAGCUAUUCGGGCCCACACAUGAUGAUGAUCUCUCCUGCCUUGAUUCCAGUUUCCGGACAUGUUGGAGAUAUCAGCAAGCCUUUGUGCGCAAUAUCCUGUCCUGGUUUCCACUCCUGGACCAACAGACGUGCGCCCUGAUCGUCCAGACCACAUCGGAGAAAGGGUUUAGCCAGACCGACCCGAAUUCGCCUCUGUCGCUGCUGAUGCUGGCUCUGGGUGCCUUCACCCGAACCGACCAUAGACCAGCCGACACCAUCAAUACCCAGCCACCGGGAAUCGAAUACUUCCGGGCGGCGUGCCGUCUGCUGACCAACCACCCUCGCAACAAGUCGACCAUAGUCGGGGCUCAAUCGUACAUUCUGAAAUCGUGA